AUGUCUCUCGCCGGCGCCGGGGCGAGGCCCAGCCCUCAGUCCCAGCGCCAGUCUUCGGUGACCAAGAGCUCCUCUAACGACGAGAACCACAAGCUCUCCGAUGACUCCACUAGCAUCCAGCAGCUCUUUCAGGGUUCCGUCGGCCACGCCACGUUGAAGAAAUCCGUCAGCGCCCUGACUACAUCCAAACUUUUGAACCAGGGUCUGCCCAAGAGGACCAAGAUCAACCACGAGACCUCCGCUGUCUCUGAGCCGUCCCCGAUGGACAAGUUGCUGGCGAGACUCUCCGAGCAGCGGUCACCCGGAAGCGACCAGAGCGGGUCCAUCAAGACGCUCACCGACGACGAGCACGCUCAUUUGCACAGCCUGGACCUCCAGUCUUCCUGCAGCUCGUUGCCCAUCACCCCGGCCACCGACAACUUCACAGCUACCACCCCCGCGACUCGUCCUGCCAGCGCCACGCCUGAUAGCAACGCCGCCAACAGCGAGGAGGUUCACCGCCUGAAGCUCGAGCUUGCCAAGGCUAAAAACGAGAUUUCGCGGCUGGACCAGGAGCUUUAUCAACAGCGAUCUCUGGGUCCCGAGAUCACGGAAGCCGCCCUAGGUCAGGGGGAGGGGGCUGCCGCCAAAUCCAGCAUUCUAGGUAUGCAUGGUAACAAAGCCUCAAAGGCUACCUACCCGCAAGAGCCCGCUGGUUGGCAAGCCCAAGACGAUUCUCCCUCGGAUACCAGCGACACAAUGUCUACCACGGGGGGUUUUGGUCGCACCCGCGGUAUCUGGUCAGCCACGAAGCCCGCCUUCCAGAACGGCUUCCUCCAACCCCAGCCGCCUUCGCUGCCAGACACCGCGCAGCCGGCGCCUUGGACUGGAGGUAGAGGCUUCACUCCCGAUACAUGUGCCGCCCCUUACGGCGCGCCCACCAUGGAUGGCUUUCAUGGUGACCGCUUUGUCCCCGAUGAUGAUAUUGGAAUGCGCCCUGCGUCCAGCCGUCGCAGCCAUCGCUACGACAGCCGGUACGGUUCGCCCCAACCUUUCGGCGCCGGUUUUGGAGGCGGAUACAAUAUGAACUUCAACCGGUACGAGCCUACUACCACCUUCCAUGGCGGACAGCCGGGCCUCAUGCCUAGCUCUGGACCAGGUGGCAUGCACCAGCCUUAUCACCAACAACCUGUGGGCACUCCAUUGUCUCCCCAUGCCACUGAGUUCACAUCCGGCAGCGGCGCGACCUGGAAACCAGACCCGGUGGCAGCUGAAGGCCAGACCUACUUGCCUACUACCGAGCCUCUGAACUACCGCCGUCUUUUGGAUCGCACCGUCAACUGCAACUGGAAGUACAUUGUCGACAAGAUCGUCUGCAACAAUGACCAGCAGGCGUCCAUCUUCCUGCAACAGAAGCUCAAGGUCGGCACGCCCGAGCAAAAGUAUGAGAUCGUCGAGGCCAUCGUGGCUCAAGCCUAUCCACUCAUGGUCAACCGUUUCGGUAACUUUCUCGUGCAGCGCUGCUUCGAGCAUGGGACUCCGGAUCAGGUCAUCAAGAUUGCUGAAGCCAUCCGUGGAAACACGUUGAACCUCUCCAUGGAUCCCUUCGGCUGCCACGUUGUCCAGAAAGCCUUCGACUCAGUCCCCGAGGACUACAAGGCCAUCAUGGUUGGCGAACUGCUUCGGCGCAUCCCGGAGACCGUCAUCCAUCGCUAUGCCUGCCAUGUCUGGCAGAAGCUCUUUGAGCUGCGCUGGACCGAGUCGCCGCCGCAGAUCAUGAAGUUUGUCAACGAGGCUCUGCGGGGCAUGUGGCAUGAGGUUGCUCUGGGCGAGACGGGAAGCUUGGUUGUCCAGAACAUAUUUGAAAACUGUCUCGAGGACGACAAGCGUCCCUGCAUCGAGGAGGUUCUGGCCAACAUCGAUAUUGUUGCCCAUGGACAAUUCGGAAACUGGUGUAUCCAGCAUAUCUGCGAGCACGGUGCUCCUGCUGACCGGAGCCGCGCCGUCGACCAUGUCAUCCGCUACGCUGCCGAGUACAGCAUGGACCAGUUCGCCUCCAAGGUCGUGGAGAAGUGCCUGAAGAUUGGCGGCCCCGAGUUCCUGACCAAAUAUCUCGACCGAGUGUGUGAGGGACGUAUCGACCGCCCCCGGAUCCCCCUCAUCGACAUUGCUAGCGACCAGUACGGCAACUAUCUGAUCCAGUACAUUCUCACCCACGCGAACCCCCAGCACCGUGAGACUGUGGCGGCGCACAUCCGCAAGCACAUGGUCUCACUCCGAGGCUCCAAGUUCGGCUCCAGGGUUGGCAUGCUCUGCACCAACCCUGCCGUGGCGACCAGGCCUGGCCCGGGCGUUGGUCCGUCGAUGGCGCGCAUGCCUCCCAGCGCUCGUUAUGGCAGCGUCUACCGCUAA